AUGGGUGUCUCUUCAUUCAUGUCCAAGAUGAAGCCCACUGCGGCGGAAUCUCAGGUCUCUUCUCAAACUGCUACUCCUGCUCGUGCCGACUCUACUAGUGUGGAGAAGGACAACCUCACUCUCGAUGACAGCCCUGUCAAGUAUCUCACAUGGCGUUCCUUCAUCCUCGGCCUGUGUGUCUCCAUGGGUGGUUUCAUUUUCGGAUACUCUACUGGUCAGAUCUCGGGUUUCACUACCAUGCCCGACUUCAAGGAGCGUUUCGCUGAGAAAACUGCUACCGGUGAAUAUGCCUUCAGUAACGUCCGCAAUGGUCUCAUUGUCGGUCUGGGUAUUGUCGCCGAUCUCCACGGCCCCAGCCCCCUGGAUGGCCCCAAGCACGGCGAGGCCGGCGCUGGCGAGCACCAGCACCAUGACAACACUGCCGAGAUUCGGGAAGAGUAA